UAGUAUUUUUCAAUUUUUUCAGUUAAAUGAUGAGAUUGUAGAGAAGAAGUAAUUGAAUGAACAAAAAAAGGACAGGAAAAGUUUGUUUCAGCUAUCUGGAAUGGAAACAUCAGUUUAUAAUGGCAGAGAUGUAUAAGGAUACCUGUGAAGUGGCACAACAGAUGACACCUUUCAUGCAGGAAGAAGUGAGGGCAGCAUCAAAAGGGAAUAAGCUACCACCGAACUCUGAAGUUUAUGGGCUCCUGACUGUCCUUAUGGAUUGGAUCUUAGAUGAGCUCCUUAGCAAACUCAAGAAACAAGAAGAAAGACAGGAAGGCCAGAAACCUCAGUGUAGCGGAAGAACCUACAUCCAGGAAAGUUGCCUUUGUGUGUUUUUACAGCUUCUGCCUGUGGCUGCGGAGCAGCUCCAGUGCAUGUCGUUUGUGAAUCCUAAACUGCACAUGCCCCUGAUGAGACUGAUACACUGGUUUGUAAGGCAGCUAGACAAUGAUACUAAGGUAAAUUCUCUGCAGAUAGUCAGGCAUUUUGUAGACCCAACAAUGGCAGAAAUGAUUAUGAGACUUGCUGAAGAUAUUUUCACAGGCAUAAGGAAUAAUGGAGAUGUGCACAGUUCUUCCAGCCGCUGUGCAAAGAGUGAAUCAAAAUCAGCACUCUUCUUCACAAGUCCCUUUAUGCCUUUGAGGUUUCUGUCAACUAUGGUUGUGUUUACAAUAGAGACACCAGGUAAGCUCUGGGUUUUACUGAAUCUUUUCAUUAUGAUUCUAUGAUUCUGUGAUUUUUUGAUCCCUUUUAGUUUUUCCUUUUAGUUUCUCUCAUCUGUAUUUUUUUUCCAGGCGUGUACCUGGACAAAGUCCAGCAGUUCCAUGAUACCAUAGUGUCCAUGAUGCUUUCCUAGUGAAGGGAGUUUCACUUGCAUGAUACUUCCUUGUACAGCCAAAUGCACUGAAACAAAUACGAACCUUGCUAUUAUUCAUUUCAUGUUGUAAUUUCUGUGGCCAUUGUAAUACAAUUUAUUUUAAUCAGAGAGAUGGCCAAAGUGAUAAAGGAGAACACAGAUGAUGGUAAUUGUUUCAAGCAGGUGCUACAGCAGUAGCCAAGAUCUUUAGUGCGUAUAAUGGUACAGCAUUUCCUCUUCUGUCAAGUGAAAAAAGUAGCACAUUUCAACUGGUUCUAGAAUAUCACUGUCCUCUUUAAGCUGGUAGAUUCCUUCCCUUGAAAGGCUGGUCAGCUGCAGUGCCAAGCAUUUCUUUUCUGGUAUAGUUAGCUAUAAAGUUCUACUUCUGCCGUUAUAGAUCCAUGGACAGAUAGAUCACAUAGAUGUGUGGUGUUCAUGGGUAUGUCUGAGAAAACCAGGGGUGGAAUAGCACAUUGGGCUUCAACAUAUAUCCUGCUUUCCUCGAGAUGUCAGUCUCAGCAGAUGGCACUGUAAUUAAACUUUUGCCACUGGAUAAACUUUUUUCCUUUGUACUUUACCAGGUGAUCAGUACUAUUCCAAGAUACUGAGAAAGAUUUCACAUCAGGAGAUUAAGAAGAUUUGAUUGUUUCCCUUGACCUAAUAUCUUUGCAUCGUUUAGUGCACUGCAGAACGAAUGGAUGGCUGCAUGAAAUACAUGCAGCAAAAGUUAAACUACAGCUUUGGAUGGAAACGAAUGGCAGUAGCUGCUGUCCUGAAAGUCAUGGCUCUUAUUCAGAUGAAUGACUCUUUACUCCCUCAACAGAGGCUUCCCAGAUGUUGAAACCUACAUGGUCUGAAACUAUCCAGUUUGCAACUUCUUUUCACUCUUAAGGAAGAUACUGGAAAGGUUUUGUGUUUUCUUUGGUGUGCAAAUUGUAGCUGGCCUUUUUGUCCACUCCCAACUGUUUUUUAAGGAAGAAGAUGAGGCAGAGGAUGUCUUUAAGUAAACUACCUGGAGCAGGCAUUCUGCUGUGAUACUGAGAUCAGUUUUAUAGCAGACCCCCACUUGCCUCAGAUCAGGUGCGUGUCCAUACCAACAGAGGUACCUCAGAACUGGCUGCUGCUCACACAUAUUUCUAAAAAGCAAAAGCUUUCACAAACGAUACAGAAACCUACCACAGCUCAAGGAGACGCUGCAGAACCACCUCUAUGAGAGACCUCUGUGGGCUCAUCUGCUGAACCCAUCAGGAAACAUCUCAGCCAGCUGCAAAUGGCAUUCCCCAGGCCUGCUGCGCUGUGCCAAAGGCUGCACAGUCUUUACCAAUUCUGAUUUCAGAUUUACCUUAAACUUGGAUUCUGCUUUUUGGGACAUGUCUGGUUUUGUGUUCCUUCAGCUCAGAGGGGUUACCCUGACAUCUGCAAGACCCAUUGUUUUGGGAUUUGCUGCUGUUCCCAGGGAGUCAUGCAGCAUCGCAGCAGCUAAGCUCCAGUCCCUUCCCCAGUCUCAGUGGGAUCAGUCCCUGUGCUGACAGAACUAACUCCACUGUGGUGCAGAAAGUGCCGCUCCUUUAUUCCUUACAACAUGCACCAGGUGACAUGACAAGCAAGCGACAAGCAAGCGCACCCUCUCAGAGUUCAGGAUCUACAUUUGAACAGUUCUGACAUGCAUAUGCAGUUCGUUGGCAUACAAAUCCAUUCUUUUUCAAGGACUCAGAUAUGUGCUAAUGUGCCUUUGGAUGCCCAGUGCUACCUAGGGUGGUUGACUGCCCACCUAUUAUUUCCCAUUUCCCGCUAUCAGCUUUACUAUGGGACUUCUGACCCACUGCCAUCCACUUUCCCCAUUUGGAAGAUUCCCAUUGAUUUUUAGGACACAGUGAGACACUUUUCAACAACAGUGCAUGUGGAGUCCGAGGGAAAUGUCCUUGCAUCGCUUGAGGCAAAAGAUAUAUUAUUCUAUUAUGUCCCCAGCACAAAAUUAUUGAGGAAAACAAGAUAUUCGCCCACUCAAGCUGAAAUGUAAAGGUUUCAGAACUAUCAGUUGUGGAUUCCUUUUGCUAAACUAGCAUACAGGUUCUUAAACUAAUGUACUAAUCCUAUUGGUAAACAAACCAACUUAUAUCAGCAGAGAGUGGAACAAUUCAGAUGUUUGCUCUGUUAUCUCUUUUGUCUUAAGCUUCUUCUAUGGAGGUUGUGGCAUUAUGAGCAGUAAUACAUUACCCUCUGGUUAGAUCUAACAUGCCACGUGCACUCUGCUAAGUCUUGAGUAACAGCACAUCAAGCAGUAACUGCUGUUGCAAUGCCACUUUCAGUACUUGCGGCUCUUGUGAGUUUAACUCUUCAAAAGCAUGUCUCGUCUAAUUUGACAACAUGUGGACUUGCUAGGUAGUGUUUUCAAAGACCUUUUGAUGUUUUGCCCAGACCAUAUCUAGAGCAAAUAUGUUCUCUCAUAUCAUAGAGAUUUUCUGUCCGGCGGUCAUCUCUGAACUGAACUAACACUCAAUUUGGGCAGAGUUUUUACAGAUUACUGUACCACACUGCAACUCUGCACGUUGCUCUAAGGUUAAAUACGAAUAGAAUUUUCCACUUGACCAUCUCCAAAGCAGUCCAAAUGGUUCAGAAUAAAAACUGAUUUGGCCAGUUCACAUAUUGAUACAGUCUACAGAAUUUUCAGAGAGCAGUGUGUGUAGGAUAGCCCACAAUAUAAACUACAAGAGGGGCAACCCCAGCACAUACACACCUCUUAUCAAAGCUUAGACGCUUUCCAUCAACCAUGUGUAGAAUGGAACUCAUGGACUGGUGUAACAAUUAAUGACUCCAUGAUACUACAUCACGUUGCAAAGGGCUUGAUGAUGGGUUUCUUCUGUGACCACAUUUAAUGGAUAGUAGAUAGGUCCGUAAGUUCAUUUCCCAGUCUGUUAGGCAGUUGGAUAUACCAUGGAGGAGUCACACGCAAAUCAUCAUCAGGUUGAUAAAGGGAGCGAACGAAGGGGUAAAAAGGAAUGGUACCACAGUACAGGGAGUGCUGGUGAGCCAGGAUGACCUGCAAAACUUGUUUGUGUUGACCCAAGUGUGAAGUUUAACAAAUCUGAGAACUGACAUCACCACCUACAACCACCCAAACAAAAUACUAUUAAGAAGCACACUCUGGGAAGCAAUCAACGACAAAGCCAGCUGCCAAGGGUUAAUGCUUGGCAUGUGAAUUCCGAUGAAAUAAGAUGGGAGUCUGGGUUGGUUGGGUUUUUUGUUUGGUUGUUUGGUUGAUUUUUUCCUUUGUGUGUGAUUUCAUAAGUUUGUUUUUUAAAUAAUCCUCACUUUCUUUAAAAAAUAAUUUAAGAAUUACCUCAAGCUUCAACUUUUUCAGGCAUGGCACUAUUGAACUUCCGACUCCAGAUAAGCUUAUUUUAGCAUUUUUAUUUCACAACUCCAAGAAUAGCACAAUUCUAGUCUAAGAAUUAUUCCUUUUGCACUACUGUUGGGGAAAAAAAAAAAAAAAAGAAGAAGAAGAAGAAGAAAGAAAAUGCUUUAUCAGUAGAAAUUCCUCAAUUA